AGCCAUUGGCCCUAGUAACCAAACCGCCGAGCCGCCGCCGCCGCCCCCCGAGGACCGCCUCCGACGAAUCCCCACCCCACCGUCAUCCUGGUACCAUAAAGUCCCACCUCCACUUGCCCUUCAGCGACCGCUCUCUGAUUCCCGGUUUACCGCAUCUGACGACGAAGGCGACGGAGGCCGGGCGAAUCCCCACCUCGCCGUCGCGCUCUAUCUCCUCGUAGUUCUCCGAACUGUGAUCUUGAGCUUGCUACUCUCUGUGGGUUAGUUCUGUUGUUCGAUCUCUCGGAUUUGGUUCAGUCCUGCAGAGGAGCGCGAGCACUCGGAUUGCUUGCGGCAACCCGUUCGAUUCAAAGUCCGAACCUUUUUUGGUAGUGGCCUUGUCGGAGUCCAAUUUCCGGCAGCAGGAGGGGAGGCCACCCAUAAGUACUCCCAAGAGCCUGCCUGGCCGUGCCCUCUGUGUGCCCCAUCCAGGAUUGCAACCUUCCAACGAGAAAUUGCUUGUUCUGAAAGUGCCGAUUUAUCUCCAAUGGGUGGUACCUGUAGCGUAUCCAGAGUGUCGAGUCUAGCUAUCCACAGGAGGAAUCUGCGCUCUCUAGUCUUCAGAGUGCCUGGGCUGCUAGGUCUUCUUCCUCCCUGUUUGCCGAAGAAAUUCCUCAAAGAAAAUCACAUCCAUGGACCUCUGACGGAGGUUGCAAUUGCUGGAUUGCCAGAGCUGCCACAGGAUGUCCUGAUGUCCAUAUUUGCACACCUGGAGAUCCCUGACCUGAUGUGUGCCUGCUCCGUCUGCACCUCGUGGCGCUCCGCAUAUUCCAGCCUGCACAAACUUGAGCAGUACCAGCGGCGCCAGACGCCGUGCCUCUUAUACACAUCUGAAUCCGCUGGUGAGAGCGUUGCGUGCUUUGCCCAUUCCUACACGUGCCUCUACAGCCUCGCGGAGAAGAGGUCAUGCAAGUUGACUCUCCCGGAGCCACCUAUUCGCAGCAGGUAUCUGAUUGGGUCAUCAAAUGGCUGGCUGAUUUCUGCUGAUGAGAGGUCCGAGAUGCAUAUUGUCAAUCCCAUCACAUGUGAACAGAUUGCUCUCCCGUCGGUGAUCACCAUCGUGCAAGUGACUCCCGUUUUCGAUGAAACAGGUGCCUUAUGUAAGUACAUUUACUCUCGGGACACGACGGAGCACCGUAGUACCACAGAUCCUCAAGCCGUCGAUCUUGGCGAGCUGCGACAAUACCUACAGAAAAAGGCAUUUGUAUUUUAUGAUGCAUCCACAGGAGGCUACAUCGCGGUGCUUAUUCAUGAUCCAGAUGGGCAACUCUCAUUUGCUUGGUUAGGGGAUGACAAGUGGACCUGGCUGAAACUACGUUGCUUUUUUCAAGACUGCGUGUACAAAGAUGGUAUGUUAUAUGCAGUGGCAUCACUAGGAGAAAUUCACGCCUUCGAUCUCAGAGGCCCUGUGGUCGCAACGGAGUUAAUUGCAGGCUGGGCAGAUAUCUUCAGUUGUCCAACAUUUUACAUUGUUCAGGCUCCAUGUGGGGAUCUGAUGCAAGUUUUUAGAUCCCAACAUGUGGUUGACUGUGAUCCAUGUGCUGACACUUCAACGCAUGUCCACUAUACCUCUAAGAUCAAAAUAUUUGAAGUUGAGACUAUGCCUGAAAAGGUUGUGGGAAUAAAUAGCUUGAAGGAUCAUGUGUUGUUGGUUGGGCAGAACCAAUCACUUUGUCUCUCUGCUGAAGAAUAUCCACAGUUGAAGGCAAACAAUGUGUAUGUUACUGAUGACCACAAGUAUCUAACUUUUUACAAGAAUAACCGGCGUGACAUUGCAGUUUUUGACCUGGCAAAUAACAGUAGUGAGGAACUUGUCUCCCCUCCACUUUGGUCCAACUGGCCUACUCCCAUAUGGAUAACACCUAGUCUUACAAAACUGUAUCCAACAUUGGACAAUCUAUGAGUUUUUCUUCCUGUCCAGAUAAUAUGAUUGUAUAGCAGAUGAUGUAAUGCAAAUGUUUUAUAUGGAAAAGGGAAUAAAUUAUGAUCAUUGAUUGGAGGACAUUGCAGUUGGUGAGAGUUGAGGGUUAAAAUCCAGCUCUAAGGUCUGCAUCAAAUGCUGCAUGUUCCUCUGUUGCUUCAAAUGGGUGGCAUGUGUAAUAGAUAAGCUUGAAAUGUAUAUGUUUUUUCUUCCAAUGCACCUUAGUGGCUUGUUUAUGUAUAUUAUACUGUGGGGCUUUGUUUUGACAAUGCUGCAUAUUACUCUGGCACUUGCCUCUUAUUCAUAUAGGUCGAGACUAAAACGACAUUUUGGCCUAUGGAGAAUCUAAGCCUGUAGAUACAAUUCUACAGGAAUUGUUCUGAACAUUGAAUACUGUCACUCCAGCACAUUGCAACAGAUGCUUUUUGACCAUGGCAAACUGGUAUCGGGCAGGCAAUGUGAAGGUGAUCAUAUCUUGUGUUAUUUUCCCUGGUUUGAAUAUGG